AUGACAUUGACAUCCUCAACCGACGUCCCACCUGCACAGGCAGACAAGCCCCAGUACCUCAUCUUCUUCAGCUCGGGAACUCCUCCCUGGUGUCCCGACUGCGUCGACGCACAGCCUGCCGUCCAAGAAGUGUUUGCUGCCGGCAAUGUAGAUGGGCAUAUCGUGCUUGUUGGCGAGAAGCCAGAGUGGAAGACGCCGGAGAACAGGUUUCGCAAAGAGUAUGCGAUCAGGUGCAUCCCCACCAUUACCAAGGUCGUCGAUGGCAAAGAGGUGGCUCGUCUCGAAGACAGCGAGUGCAAGAGCAUUGAUACCGUUGCUGCCUUUGUCCGGGAGUAA